ACCAUUUGGAUCUGAGACCUUAAUCCUGCCUAGUGGGCUGAAAUGAACGAGACAGAGCUCAUUCCAGCUUCACAAAGACUGCACUAUCCAUCUACUGAAUGGAUUCUUUCUAUGUGAGCCAAGAGGAAGACUUAGAAGGGUAAGAAUUAAAGAAGGAAUUCUUAGUCUACCAUAAUAAUCUCCAUGUGCCAGCAAGGGAGCGAUCAUUUAAAAGGAGGAACCUGGCUUCAGAGAGCCAGAAAAGAGCUGAGUAGCUGGCAGAGGGAGUCCAAGGAUGGCAGCAACCAGGGCCCUGCCUGCUGGUUUUGGGGAACUCGAGGUACUGGCUGUAGGAACAGUCCUGCUGAUGGAAGCACUCUCUGGCAUCAGCCUCAAUGGCUUGACCAUCUUCUCUUUCUGCAAGACUCCAGAUCUGCAGACUCCCAGCAACCUGCUGGUCCUGAGCCUGGCCCUGGCAGACACCGGGAUCAGCCUGAAUGCCCUUGUUGCAGCUAUAUCCAGCCUCCUCCGGCGCUGGCCACAUGGUUCAGAGGGCUGCCAGGUUCAUGGUUUCCAGGGAUUUGCAACAGCACUGGCCAGCAUCUGUGGCAGUGCAGCCAUUGCCUGGGGACGCUAUCACCACUACUGUACCCGCAGACAGUUGGCAUGGGACACAGCCAUCCCUCUGGUGCUGUUUGUGUGGCUGUCAUCUGCCUUCUGGGCAUCCCUUCCCCUGAUGGGCUGGGGUCACUAUGACUAUGAGCCUGUGGGGACAUGCUGUACGCUGGACUAUUCGAAAGGUGACAGAAACUUCAUCAGCUUUCUCUUCACCAUGGCUUUUUUCAACUUCCUUGUACCCCUGUUCAUCACACACACUUCAUACCGCUUCAUGGAGCAGAAAUUAUCCAGGAGUGGUCACCUCCAGGUGAAUACUACUCUUCCAGGCAGGAUGCUGCUGCUGGGCUGGGGCCCCUAUGCCCUGCUGUACCUAUAUGCAGCCAUCGCAGAUGUGAGCUUCAUCUCUCCUAAACUACAGAUGGUGCCUGCCCUCAUCGCCAAAACCAUGCCUACAAUCAAUGCCAUCAACUAUGCAUUGCGCAGUGAGAUGGUCUGUAGAGGAACCUGGCAGUGUCUGUCUCCACAAAAAAGCAAGAAGGACCGAACCCAGUGAAACUCUUCAAGAGGCUGAUCUCAGUCAAGGCUACCUCUUCAAACCUGGGCUAAGUACACCCGAGAUCAGGAAGAUGCUGCCGCAUACUUCCCAACAGCCCCAGAAACCAGGCCAGACAGUUACCCACCAGCCACAAGAUCCCUGUUGAGUCUAAUCUUAUGGUGGACCCAAGAAUUCAGAUACUAGGUUCAAUGAAAGGUCACAGCCCUCUACACACAGUCUAAGGGGCCAUGGGAAAGUAACUUUCUCCAACCCCAUCUCUCUAAACCCUGAAGAUGACAAUGUGGACUAACAACGGUAUGGUUGAACAAGCUAACGCGUACUUAGCAAUCACAUAAAAUGCUCACUGAAGUAGAUACUGAUGUGAGCUUUAGCUAUGUUCUACAUGAACUCAGCCUACAAUAAAAGGAGAAAGCCCUGGGUUUAUUUUUGGAAAUCAUCUGAGGCUGUCGUCUUUCAAAUAGCAUGUACUAAAUUGUAAUGGCACCAGGGACUUAUUCUGCCCCUUGCUCUAUGUCCCUUAUUGUAAGAUGAGAUGACAGAAAUGAUCAUUUGACUAUACAUUUUGAA